AUGCCUCCUCGUCCUCGUGCGCGUACGCCGGAGACCCCGACAAAUGAGCAGCUUGCCCAGAACCUCCAGCAGUUGACGCAGACGAUGCAAACCCUCAGUGAAACCUUGUUGCAGAACAACCAUCCCGUGCCACCUCCUCAGCCUGCCGGGCAUAGGGACAUGGGGCGUCUCGUGUCGGGUCACAAGCCACCGACAUUUGCAGGUGAGGAAGACCCGGUUAUCUUGGAAGAGUGGAUGAGGACAUUUGACAAGAUCUUCUCGGUUGUCGGUUGUGCGAAAGAGCGAAGAGUAGAGCUUGCAACGUUCUACUUCUGUCUUGAGGCCGAUUUAUGGUGGAUGCAUGAGGGCCCAGCUUGCCUUGAGGAACCUGAGUUUGGAUGGACCGCUCUCAAGGAUCGGAUGCGCGAGAGGUUUUAUCCGGCGCAUGUUAGGGCUACAAUGUAUGAGGAAUUCCUCCAUCUCCAGCAAAGAUCUCUAUCGGUGGUUGAGUACCACAAGAGGUUUCUAGAGCUUGCGCGUUUCGCCCGGAUGCUUGUGCCUACGGAGCUCGCCAAGGUUGAGAAGUUUGUAGCUGGCUUGAACUACGAGGCACGGAAAGCCCUAACCGUGAGUAAGCCGAGUUCUUUGAAGGAAGCAUACCUGAGUUCCGCGGAUUUGUACCGUGUUCAGCAGCUGCAGCGAGGAUCUUUUGAGCUUGCAAGGAAAAGAACCGAGAGUGGAGGCUCUUCCAGCUUCAAGAAACCCAAGCCGAGUUUUCAAGCUAAGAGUGCGUCAUCUCCAACCCAAGGACCCAACCGAGCGGAGCAUGGAAAUCAAGUCAAGAUGUUUCCUUGCCGUAGAUGUGGAAAGGUGCAUGCGGGUUAG